AUGACGAAUUUCUAUAUAAUAUUUCUUUUUGUAUUUAUCUUUUUUAUUCAACAAUCAAUAACACAAAAUCCACCUGUUGUACCUUUGACAAAUGCAUUAACAGCUAUUUAUUGUCAUAAUUUUCAUGAAGCCGGUAUAAUGACAAUACAUUGUCGAGCAAAUGAAAAAAUUCGUAUGUUAGAUGCAUUUGAUGUUGUUGUUAAAAAUAAAUCACGUUUACCAUUACAAUGUUUGAAACAAAAACAUUUUUCAAUGGUUUAUGGUGAUAAUUCUAAUCAUGAUGAUUGUAAAGUUCAUACAAGUUUUACAUCAGCUUGUUCAGGACGUGAAAAUUGUACAUUACAUAUGCAACCAAUACGUUUAAAUAGUGCUAAUAAAAAUUGUCAUAAUGAAUUAGUUGAUUAUACAAUGGCUUUUUUUGAAUGUAUAUCAGAUGUAUUUAUUCAUGAUGUAUGUUCAUCACAAACAAUAACUUCUUCUUGGGGUACAUUAAAAACACCGAAUUUUCCAAAUCCUUAUACACCAAAUGAUGAUUGUUGGUGUAAAUUAUCAACACAAUUACAAUAUCGUCUAUUACUUUCUGUUAUUAUUUUUCAAUUGAUUCCUUACGAUCAACAAUGUAUUGGUGCUGGACUUUAUUUACAAAGUAGUGAUGAACAACGAAGUACUCAAUGUACUUAUUUACAACAAGGACAUAAUUAUUUAAGUGAUACUAAUUCAUUAUAUCUCAAUUUUUAUAGUCGAACACCAACUGUACGUGGAGGAUUUUGGGUUAUUUAUGAAGCAAGUCAUCCAAAUGCUGAAGUUCAUUUACAUUGUGGACCAAGAGAAAAAAUUGGUGUUCCAUCAGGAACACCAUUAUUACCAACAUCUAUUGAACCACCACCAAUUUCAUCAUCAUAUGAUUAUGGUUGGAGUCGUUUAGCAUUUAAUAAUCCACCAAAUCCAACAACACCAAUCACUGAUCCGAUGAUGUAUAUGCAUUUAUUAUUUACUACACCUCUGCCAUAUCGUAAUACAAAUUUUAAAGUAAAUCCAAUAUUAACAACAACACCAGUUGGUGCAUUUACAUAUCCAUAUGGUCAUUUAACAACAUUUGAAUUAGCUUAUGGACCACAAGGAUGGUUUCUUAGAUCUCCAUUUAUUUCAUCAAAUAAGACAACAGCAACUAAAUUUUUACCAACAACAACAUCUCAAUUACCAAUAGUGAAAUGGAAUUCUACUUGGCGUUAUAUUCGACGAUCAUGGACAAGAAUAUCCACAACGAUGACAACAAGAAGUCCUACUAUUAAAACGACAACUGCUACUACAUCACAAACAACAACAUCAAAAUCGACCACCAGAAUGACACGUUUAAGUACUUCUACAAUUAAAACUACUGAACAAAAUACUAUUCUUUUGUCAUCAACAACAAUGUCUAUGCCUACAGUUAGAAAUACUACUAUUCAACCACGUUUAUUAUUUACUCACAAUCCAUGGAUAUAUUAUAGUUCUAAUAGUGUUGUAUCUUCAACAACAACAACAAAACCAAAGACCACAUCAACAAUGCAAUUACCAGUAUCAUCGUUUAUGUUAAAACCUAAUUUACCUUCACCAACUCCUUGGUAUCCACCAGCUGGUCCAUUUGAUUGGUGGCAAUGGCAAUGGUAUACAACAAAAUUUAAAAAAGUAUCGUUAAAAAGUCUUACUACAACUGAAACGCCAACAUCUUCUAUGCAAACUACAACAACAACAACAACAACAACAACAACAACAACAAUAACAACAACAAUAACAACAACAACAACAACUGCUACUACUACUAGAAAAAGUACCAUUAAUCCAAAUACUACAAUAAAUAGAAAAACUAUCACUCGUAGGCAUGAAGUAACUGCUGAUUGGUUUAAAUGGCCAUAUACUGAAUCUACUUCACCAUUGGUACAAAGACGACCUGAUUAUUAUGAAGAAGAAUAUAUGGAAUGGCCUGAUUAUUUUCUUACGAGUAAAAUACAAAAUGCAAGAACACCGAACUCCCUUGUAUCUUUUUCACCUGAACAACCACGACAACAAUAUCAACAAAUCAGUCUUUUUCCAAUAAAAUCAAAAUGGCAAUAUGAUAAUCGUCUUGUAACCACUAAUACACCGUCAUCGAAAGGUCAAUAUACACAACAAAAUACAGGCAGAAUUGAAGAAAGAGACACGCCAAGAAUUCAACAAAAUGGAGUAACUAAUACUUAUGCUCACAACAUCAUUCGAGAUGUUAUUGAACAAUCAAAGAAAAAAACUUCUGAAGAAAACGAAUGGUUAAGUAAAACAGAUAUAACGAUUGUUGCUGUAUCAAUGUUAUUUGUUAUUUUAUUAUUUAUUAUAAAUUUGAUUCUAUAUGCAGUUCGAAGACAUCAUCAUCGAUUACAACAUCGACAUUUACUUAGUGCAUCAACUCCAUCAUUAUUAAAUGGUAGUAGAAGAACUGGUAUAAAUGGUAGUCUACAACGUACCCAAUUAGGUGAUUCAACAAGUAGUAUAGUUAAUACGACUAAUAAUAAUAAUAAUAGUAGUGAUAUUUUACCAGCUGUUGGUGAAAUAGUUAUAUGGGAUGAAAAAGAUCAAGGUGGUUAUAUGAUUGGUAAUCAUGGUGAAUGGGCAAAAAUUCAAGGACGUCAAUGGUUUCGUAGUAACUUAUUAAAAAGUUGUAGCAAAUCAUCAUUUUCAAAAAGUUUUCGAUCACGUUUUCAAUUUUCUCGUCAAUCGAAUAAAAAAAUUAAUGAUCGUCAUCAACCAACAUCAAUUCCAAAUCCAAAACAACAGCAACAACAACAACAACAAAUAUUUAAAUAUCCUCUUCUUUUAGACACUGCUACACUUGCACCUGUACCUGAAGCUGAUGAUUAUCAAUCAUCUCCAUUAAGUUCAUCAGAUGUUAUGAUGCGAAGUUCAGCAGCAACGCAUACGAGUUCUAAUAGAAUAUCUGAACAAACAACAAAAACAAUUCAAGCAUUAAUACAUGCAGAACAAGAUCACAGUGAUGAAUACUAUAAACGAAUUGAUUUUGGUACUGAUGAAUCAAAUUAUUCAAUAACGAAUGGACAUGUUCAAGGAGAAUAUUCUAUACUUGAUCAACAAACUGAUCGAAGUUUAGGAAAUGAAGUUGAUGCUGGAAGAUCAAUCAUUAUUAGUGUACCAACAAUGUUCAGACGAGAAGAAGAUACUACUACAAUAACAGAUGGUGCUGAUUCUAGUUAUAAUCAAACUUCUUCAAGUAAACAUCUUAUGAAAAAUACAAAUAUAACUACACGACCAAAUUAUCUUCAACCAAAUAAUACAAGUCAAAUGGCUACUAAACAAUCAGCUAGAUUAUGUAAAUCUUCUACAAAUAAUUCAAUAAUUGUUGGUCAUUGUCAAACAGAUUUUCAACCACUUGAUCCAAAAUUAUUAGUUAAAUCAACAGAUAAAUCAUUAUUAGCUGAACAUCAACAAUUUUAUAAUUGUUCACAAUCUUUUCAAUUAUCAGCAUAUGAUUCAGGAUUUUUCGAUGAUCAAAUAAGUGAAAGUUUAACAAUACCAACAACAAAAACAUCUAUGAUAACUAAUGAAUUAAAAAAUAAUUUAGGCAAGAAUGUAAAAAAAGAACGUAAAAAUAUCGAUGAUAUGUUAAUCAAUAUAAAUGAAUCUAAUGAGGAGAGUGUAUUAUCAUUGAAUGAUUUAUCAACAAAAGAUAUACAAAAAUUAAAUCGACAAAAACAACGACAUGUUACUAAACAUGUUUCAUUUCAGAGCUAA